GUUGCCUUGCCAUCUUUCACGGAAUGGAACAAACUCAACACAAGAUAAGAAACACAACGAUCACCUCCUAUCAAAGAAACUUAAUUUAAUAUGGUUCGAAUUCUUGCCCUCUCAUUAUUGUUCCUGCCGGCCAUAGUUGGGGCCAGUGCAAUCCCUUCUCCGCAAAACCCUGGUUUCGGCUGGUAUUGUAGUGGUAAGGAAGAUGGCAACUAUCCCCAUCCGUUCACGUGCCACAAGUAUAUUGCAUGUGUCGGAAAACAAUACGCAUACGAGAUGUCAUGUCCGAUGGGUCCGGAUGGGCCCCUUCACUUCAAUCCAAAUACCGGGCACAAUCCCUCACAAACGUUUUGCGACUACCCUGACAAGGCAGGGUGUUAUCAGCCAAAUUAAAGAUGGAGAGAAGGUCUCGAGAGUGGGUGGUAUCCCUUUCGCUUCGUGUGUGUGUAGUGUGUGACAGGGCGUUUGUGUAGGCAUGUUACGGGCACCAUUUUCAAGAAUGACGUCAGAAAAUAGGUAUGAUGUAUGUUUGUGGUAUAGUAUUAAUAUAUUAUUCUAUUACUUUUAAAA